GCUAAGAACGUGGGUUUUUUUAAAUCUUGCCUCUUACCAACCCAUUUUCCUUAUCUGACAAUGUCCGAUGCUGUGUCCCUCUCAAUCUCCCUAUGAUGAAAUCAAUCACCAUCUUGAUCAUUUCUGUGUUGAUCCAAUGUGUUACUGGGUUGGAGACGGACGAGUUCUUCCCAGACGAACGCAAUGCUUUGAUCCAGUUGAGGGAUCUUGUCACGUCGUCCUCAAACCUGCACGUGAACUGGACAGAGCGAGCAUGCAUCAGCGCAAACCAGAGCAUCUGGGUGGGCGUCGCCUGCUCGGAUUGGCACGUGACGCAUCUGGUCCUCGAAGGAAUCCAGCUCACUAGUUCUCUCCCUCUCCCACCUAUGCUGUUCCAAAACCUUACAUUCUUGACCAAACUCAGCUUCAAAAACAACUCCUUGCACGGCCCUCUUCCCGAUCUCACCAACCUAGUGCACCUCCAGUACGUGUUACUCUCCAAGAAUAACUUUUCAGGGUCCAUACCCUCCACCUACAUUGACCUACCCGAGCUAACCGAACUUGAGCUACAAGAAAACGAACUCUCGGGUCAAAUCCCGCCUUUCAAUCAGCAAGCGCUGAUCGCCUUCAACGUCUCUAGUAAUCAGCUCGGAGGGCCAGUCCCUCAGACCCGCGUCCUCCAAAGCUUCCCCGAAAGCUCCUAUGCUAACAACUUGGGUUUAUGUGGAUCCAUCCCAGGAAUGAGUCCUUGUCCUUUCGCUCCUGCUCCUGCUCCCGCUUCUCAACCACCAGCAAGGACCAAUGGUGGCCUCCAACCGUGGAGCAUUGCUGUGAUCGCAGCCACAGCUCUACUCGUUGGUCUGUCUGUACUCUGCUGUUACAUCAGAAAAACUAAAGAGGAAGACGAGCCAGAAGUAGUAGGAGAAGUUUACAAAGAAAAGGCGGAUGACUCGGAGACAAGUAUGAAACUGGAGUUCUUGGAGAGGCCGGUGUUUGAGUUGGAUGAUCUGCUGCGGUCGGCAGCAGAGGUGAUCGGGAGGGGGAAGCUGGGAACGACGUACAAGGCGGUGCUGGAUUGCGGUUCUAUGGUGGCAGUGAAGAGACUGGAAAACGUGAAGGCGACGAGCAACAAGGAGUUUGCGCAACAGAUGCAGGUACUGGGAAACAUCAAGCACCAGAACUUGGCAGAGAUCAUCUCCUUUUACCAUUCCAAAGAGGAGAAGAUCAUCGUCUACGACUACAUAGAUGAUCAGAGUUUGUUCAGCAUGCUACACGAGAGCCGAGGCAUUGCACUCGACUGGACCAGCCGCGUAACCAUCAUCAACGAAAUCGCCACCGCGCUAGGGCACCUCCACCACAACUCCGCCUCCCACGGCAACCUCAAAUCCUCGAACAUCCUAAUCCACACCACCACGCCGCCGCGGGUGAAGCUGACGGACUACGGCCUGCUGGGGAUUGCGCCGCCGCAGAUGCUCGCCGCCGGCAGGACUCCGGAGGCGGUGGCCGGGAAGAGGUUAAACCCGAGGGCGGCCGACGUGUACUGCCUGGGCAUCGUGGUGCUGGAGAUGGUGACGGGCCGGGCGGCCAAGGCGGCGGAGAGCAGCAGCGGCGGCGGCGAUGAUCUGUCGGGGUGGGUGAGAGAGGCCGUGAGCAUCGACUGGUCGACUGAUAUUGUGGAUAUGCAGAUUGUCGGGGAGAGGGAAGGGUAUGAGGAUAUGCUGAAGCUCACGGAGGUGGCGCUGCAGUGUACGGAUCAGUCGCCGGAGCGGCGGCCGGAGAUCAGUCAAGUUCUUACCAUGAUACAAGACAUCAUCGUAUAAUGUUAACCUUAGCACCCAUUGAUUAUAGUAUUUCUUUUAAUUUGUUAAAUAAAUUAUAUAUCAUCAAA